CGCAUUUGUGCACUAUGCUGUUUCUGAACUUCCAGGUUAAACCAUCCAAACAUUGUUAAGCUGCUGGAUACGUGUGAGGAUGCCAAUCAUCCCAAGCAUGUGUACCUGGUAAUGGAGCUAGAACUCCAUUCUGAAUUUCUGGAUGCCCGGUGGUCCACUUUUUGACCGUAUUGAGGAGAAUGGUAGCUACGAUGAGAAUGAGGCCAGCUGUAUAAUCGAACAAAUCCUCCACGCCGUUAAUUUCAUGCAUCAACAGCAGCAGAUUGUCCAUCGGGAUUUAAAACCGGAAAACAUACUUUUCUUCAACUCUGGCGACAAUUCCGCAGUAUCGGUUAGCGAUUUUGGCCUGUCGAAAAUGGAAGAGGACUGUCGGAUUUUGUCUAAGCCUUGUGGAACUCCUGGAUACAUUGCGCCGGAGAUAAUUGCACUGCAACCGCAUGGGAAACCGGUUGAUUUGUGGAGUAUAGGCGUAAUUUCUUAUUAUCUGUUGUGCGGACAUCUUCCGUUCGAUGCAGAGGAUGUUGACGAUUUACUCGUGAAAAAUGCAGUAGGGGAAUAUGAAUUUGAUUCUCCUGACUGGGAUGAUAUAUCAGAAGCAGCAAUGGAUUUUAUCCAGCAUUUACUGUGCGUGGAUCCCACCGAAAGAAUGACCUGUGAGGAAGCGCUAUCCCAUCCUUGGAUUACUGACAGUGAAUCCGACUCGACGAAAAGUGACGACAGCGGCGAAAACGGCAGCAGCAGUAGUAAUGGCAGCGUUAACAACGAUGGCAGCGAUGAAAGUAAUCGGGAUCUAAAAGCCGUAAAUAACCUCUGCAAGGUGCAAUAAUUAUCGAAUAAACAUCCGAUGUGCUACUAGUGCAUACAUACAGAUCUGUACAUACAGAGUUCUAACUGUAACUUUGAUGUCUGAAUGUCGCUUUAAGCAGAUCAGCAAUAUUCACUGCUGUCACUCUGCUCAAAACAGAAGCACC